AUGACGACACCAAACAACAAUCACACUAUCUUCUCUCGCCCUGAAGACUGGGAACGAUUCAAUGCCGAAUUCCAGACCAAAGCCGUAGCCUUUGACCUCUUGGAUUACAUCAAUCCAGAAGACAAGGUUGCUUGGCCGACACAGCCAGAAGAACCCUCAUACGCCAAUUACCCAAAGAAGCUCGGCUGA